AUGGCAACAGUCGGCUCCACGAUCAACAAACAAAAUGACCUGUUCGGUCGUAUCGCUCGAGUCUUUAUCAACACGAAAAAACUUGGAACUGAUAAGCUUAACCGUUUCAAUUUGGAUGCACGAAUCAAGACCUUGAAUGCAGAUUGGGAACGAUUUCAAAGCAAUCAUGACAAACUGAUCGGUUCAUUGAUGGACGAAAUUCGGAAAUUGGAGUAUUUCACAGAUGAUCUGUAUGCGAAAUGUGAGGAAGCAUAUUUUAAUUCCGUGUCAUCAAUCAUGCAACUUCGAGAAGCGAUGUUGGAGCAAGAUCAGACUGCAGCUGACUCAGCCAAUGCAACUCCUCGCACUGGUCCUUCACGUUCUCUGCCAAAGAUCCAACUACCCAAAUUUACGGGGAAUUACCACGAAUGGCCUACAUUUCGUGACUUGUUCUCAUCAAUGGUGGUCUCCAAUCCAGAUAUCUCCCGCGUAGAGAAGCUUCAUUAUUUAAAAAGCCAAGUGUCCGGUGAAGCAGCUCGGUUUCUCGCAAACCUGACGAUAACCGCAGAUAAUUUCUCACGGGCUUGGGACUCAUUAACAUCGCGCUACGAGAAUAAACGACUGCUAGUCUCUGCUAAUCUCGAUCGGCUAUUCGAGUUAAAACUUUUGACUCAAGCUUUCGGUAGUGAUCUCAAGCAUCUUUUGGCGACCGUGAAGGAAUCACUCGGUGCUCUCCAGGCUCUCGGCGUUCCAGUAGACCAGUGGGACAUCUUCAUUGUGUACUUCGUGACCAGAAAACUCGAUCCCAAAUUCCUGGAAGCAUGGGAGAUUCAUCUUGGUGAGUCAACUGAUUUAGUAACCUUCGAUAAACUCGAAACAUUUCUCGAAAGUCGCAUUCACGCUCUCGAGGUAGUCGGUUCGCGCAACAAUUCCUCUAAAACUACUUCGGCUUCGAAAUCUAUCUCAAAGUCAAAAUCUUCCGCUCGAUCUCACGCCGCUGUAGUCUCUCACUCAGGUUGCUCGUGCUGUACCGCGGCUCAUUAUAUCGCCUCCUGUCCAGACUUCGCUGCUAAGUCGCUGGACGAGCGACAUGAUUUCGUCUCGCGCAAAAAUCUUUGUUACAAUUGUCUCGGCGCUCAUCGUCUAACAGACUGUCGUUGUGUCAAGCGAUGCCGACGCUGCAAGGGGAACUAUCAUUCUUUUCUGCAUCGCGAUUCAGUGUCCGUUCCCGCGUCCGGUAAUCCGACGACUCCGCCGCCAGUCUCGAUGAGCUCUAAUAAAUCGGAUAUCAGUAAUAAAGUAGUCGCGCAAUCUCUUCACGCUGCUUCGAACCUACAACCUAACGGUCCGGCGGUCCUUCUCGCUACCGCUCGCGUACGUUUAAUCACAGACAAUAAUCACAGCAUCGAAGUUCGCGUUCUUCUGGAUCAGGGAUCUAAGGUCUCUCAUUCGCGAGUCCUUGGUGCAGUUGAUGCAUCUUCCUUGUCACCGAGCGUCGCUGUCGCUGGUCGGUGUCGGAUCUAA